GUUUCUCGCUUACUGUCCUCGGUUCGGUUUAGUUCUCUUUCUCCGGAUAAAAUCAAAUUCAAUAAACGAUCGCCAACGAUCCCCCACUUGGUCGCUACACAAACAACGUCGCCAGAACACCGACGGCUGUAUCAUUUUCCCCUCCCCGGAAAACCCAGGAAACCCCGGAUCCAAAGUGCUCAACCCCCUGUAAAGAAGAAGAACAACAACAACAAUAGAGGAGAGGUGAAACAAAGGAGACUCCAACUAAAAACAAUUAAAUUGACAAAUUGUGGGCGACACAGCGUCGAUAUAUCACGUGAUUGUCUGCCUUUACAUAACAUCCAAGGCGGGCGUUUCGAAGGAGGAGCGGAGAAGGAUUGGUUUCAAGUUCAAUUUUUAGCAGCUGGCGAAAGUUGAGCUCUAGGUGGAGUGAAUAAACAGCUAGGAAAUUCAAGGAUAAACAACCAGCUUUCAGAAACUUCAAUAAAGGAGCAGCUAAAGCAGAUUUACAGGAUUUUAAGGAAUCCCCUAGGAACCUACCUCUACUUCCACCCUAAAGGAACCCUCUACUUCCAUAAUGAACAACCUGGCAGACACUGUGGUAGUUGAUCCGGGAUUCGGAGGCGGUGACAAGCAGCAGCUGGCAGGACCUGCUCCUCAGGAUGCUAGCGUGGUGGUUCCACCACCGGCCACCAAGCAAUCCUCAGCUUUGAAGAAGACAAGUCGUUACAGGAGCCGCUCGCUAAGUGCCUCCUCCACGGAUUCCUUCAGUUCGGCCAGCUAUACAGGCAGCAGCGAAGAUGGUGAUGAUGUGCCGCCGCGGGAAAAGGUCCAGAAGAACUCCAAGGGCAGUUCCGAUUUCUGUGUGAGGAAUAUAGCAGCCCAGCAUGCAUUCGGACGAAGGGAAAUUGAGAUUGCGGAGCAAGAAAUGCCUGGAAUUAUUGCCCUGAAGAAAAGGGCAGCCGAGGACAAGCCCUUGAAGGAUGCCAAAAUCGUGGGAUGCACACACAUCAACGCUCAGACGGCAGUGCUCAUCGAGACGCUGGUCGAGUUAGGAGCUAGUGUGCGCUGGGCCGCCUGCAACAUUUACUCCACCCAGAAUGAAGUGGCUGCUGCCUUGGCAGAAUCUAAUAUCCCGAUCUUUGCCUGGCGCGGCGAGACGGAAGAAGACUUCUGGUGGUGCAUUGACCGCUGUGUGAACGCAGAAAACUGGCAGCCCAACAUGAUCCUGGACGAUGGUGGCGAUGCCACGCACCUGAUGCUGAAGAAGUACCCGACCAUGUUCAAGUUGGUCAAGGGAAUCGUGGAGGAGAGCGUCACCGGAGUGCACAGACUCUACCAGCUUUCCAAGGCCGCCAAGUUGACUGUUCCGGCUAUGAAUGUUAACGACUCCGUUACUAAGACCAAGUUCGACAACCUGUACAGCUGCAAAGAAUCGAUCCUGGACAGCCUUAAGCGCUCCACGGACGUGAUGUUUGGUGGUAAGCAGGUGGUGGUUUGUGGUUACGGCGAUGUGGGCAAGGGAUGUGCUCAGGCUUUAAAGGGACAGGGCUGCAUUGUCUACAUCACGGAGAUCGAUCCCAUUUGUGCCCUUCAGGCCAGCAUGGAUGGCUUCCGCGUGGUAAAGCUCAACGAGGUGAUCCGCAACGUGGACAUCGUGGUGACUGCGACGGGCAACAAGAACGUGGUGGUACGCGAGCACAUGGACAAGAUGAAGAGUGGCUGCAUAGUGUGUAACAUGGGCCAUUCUAACACGGAGAUCGAUGUAAAUGGGCUGCGCACACCUGAUUUGACCUGGGAGAAGGUUCGCUCUCAGGUGGACCACAUCAUCUGGCCGGAGGGCAAGUACAUUAUUCUGCUGGCCGAGGGUAGGCUAGUUAACCUGAGCUGCUCCAGCAUCCCCUCGUUUGCCGUGUCCAUCACCUCGGCCACCCAGGCGCUGGCCUUGAUUGAGCUUUUUAACGCACCACCCGGACGCUACAAGUCGGACGUCUACUUGCUGCCCAAGAAGAUGGACGAAUAUGUGGCCAGCCUGCACCUGCCCACCUUCGAUGCCCAUUUGACGGAGCUGAGCGACGAGCAGGCCAAGUACAUGGGACUAAACAAGGCCGGUCCUUUUAAGCCCAACUACUACCGUUACUAAGAAGAAAGUGCGCGGAUGCGGACAAUAACACCAGCAAUUAGGAGAAACAACAACGCCAACGAAAGUAUUGUCUUUGCGAAGAAGUAAAACUAUUUAAAACAAUUGUUGACACACACACAGAACACACAAAAGGAUACGGAAAGGAGAACACAAAGUUACUAUUACCAUUGUAUUGCUUAGUUUAGCUCGAGCGGAAUUCUUGGUUGCUUUUUGUUAGCAUUUAACGUCUUCGAUAUAGUAUUUAGCACUCGCUUUAGCCGCAGGAGUAUUCUCUCUGUUUACUAAACCCCCAUGACUCUCUAAACCCCUAACUAAUCUUGCCCCCAAGAAUUUAUCCCCUUAAAAUGUUUUUAUAGCCGGUUAAUUGAAUUUAUUUUAGACAUAUCGAUUGCCUAUUAAUCUGUUAUAGCUCAAAAGAUGAGAUUGUUGACUUAAAUUUCACCAACACCCUGUUAUCUUAAUUGGAAUUGAUAAUCUAUAAAAGGAAUUGAAUUAAUAUCACCCAAAAUCGGUGUAAAUAGAAUUUCUACGAUUCUAAUUCACCUAAUUUGAUCGCAAUCACUACUUAUAUUCAACCUACUAUUGAUUUUACUAUCUUUGCUUGUUAUUUUUGUACUCUUACAUAUAAAGUCAAUGUAUGUUUUAAUCUCAAUGGCUUUCCUGAAUAAUCCCUUUUUUGACCUAUGACAGCCUUACAAUAGGUGAUCGAUUUAACCUCUCGUAUUGUUUACGUACUUAAUAUGUUAAUCGUUUAUGUCCCUGCUUUUGAUUAUGGCACUUUUGUACUUUCGUUUCGUCCGGAGAGCGUUGAUUGAAAUGCAGUGCAAAGUAAUUCCAUUUAUUCAAUUAUAUACACGCUGGCAUAUAUAUCAGAUCGAAAAUUAUAUAUAUAUACACCGCAUAUACACCUAAUAUGUAUAUUAGAGAAAAGUGAAAAAUGUUUGUAAGAAAUUUGUGAGAAAUGCAAAACAAUAAAAAAAGAAUUCUUUAUUGAGCAA